CGGAGGCGCCCCGACAGCCGCCGGCGGCCCCGGGCGAUCCCGACGCGCAGGCCCCGGAGCCCGAGCUACGGCGGGACCGCCAUGGGCCGCUACCGCAUCGGCGUGGCCACCGGCGCCUGGCUCUUCUCCGGGUCGCACAACCGCGUGCAGCUGUGGCUGGUCGGGGCGCGCGGGGAGGCGCGGCUGGAGCUGCGGCUGCGGCCGGCACGGGGCCAGGAGGAGGAGUUCGAGCGCGAAGUCCCCAAGGACCUGGGGCCCCUGCAGUUCGUGAAGCUGCGCAAACACCACUCGCUGGUGGACGACGCUUGGUUCUGCGACUGCAUCACCGUGCGCGGCCCCGGAGCCUGCGAGGAGGCCACCUUCUUCCCCUGCUACCGCUGGGUGCAAGGCCAGGACGUGCUGAGCCUGCCCGAGGGCACCGCGCGCCUGGCAGGAGACAAUGCCUUGGACGUGUUCCAGAAGCAUCGGGAGAAAGAGCUGAAGGAGAGACGAAGACUGUACUGCUGGGCCACCUGGAAGGAAGGGUUACCCCGGACGAUAGCGGCAGAACGCCAGGACGAUCUGCCUCCAAACUCGAGGUUCCAUGAGGAAAAGAGGCUGGACUUCGAGUGGGCGCUGAAGGCAGGGGCUCUGGAGAUGGUCCUCAAGCGCGUUUACACCCUCCUGAGCUCCUGGAGCCGCCUGGAGGAUUUUGACCAGAUCUUCUGGGGCCAGAAGAGCGACCUGGCUGAGAGGGUUCACCACUGCUGGCGGGACGAUGAACUUUUCGGCUACCAGUUCCUCAACGGCGCCAACCCCAUGGUGCUGAGACGCUCCGCCUCCCUGCCCUCUCGGCUGGUGCUGCCCUCGGGGACCGAGGCGCUGGGGGCCCAGCUGGAGAGAGAACUCCAGAGCGGUUCCCUGUUUGAGGCUGACUUCAGCCUGCUGGACGGAAUCCCGGCCAACGUGAUCCGAGGAGAGAAGCAGUACCUGGCCGCCCCCCUCGUGAUGCUCCAGAUGCGGCCCGAGGGGAAGCUGCUGCCCGUGGUCAUCCAGAUCCAGCCCCCCAGCCCCAGCUGCCCCGCGCCCCCGCUGUUCCUGCCCUCGGAUCCCCCGCUCGCCUGGCUCCUGGCAAAGAUCUGGGUCCGCAAUUCCGAUUUCCAACUGCACCAGCUCCAGUAUCAUCUGCUCAACACUCACCUGGUGGCCGAGGUCAUCGCCGUGGCCACCAUGAGGUGCCUCCCAGGGCUGCACCCCGUCUUCAAGCUCCUGAUCCCGCACAUCCGCUAUACCUUGGAAAUCAACACCCGGGCCAGAUCCCAGCUCAUCUCGGAAGGAGGAAUAUUUGAUAAGGCGGUGAGCACUGGCGGAGGGGGCCACGUGCACUUGCUCCGUCGGGCCAUGGCCCAGCUGACCUACAGCUCCCUCUGUCCUCCUGACGACCUGGCUGCGCGGGGCCUGCUGGGAAUCCCAAGUGCCCUCUACGCCCACGACGCCCUACGGCUCUGGGAGAUCAUUGCCCGCGUUUGGAAAGAGCUAGGGAACGUCCCCCAAGACAACGCCGGUGAGACCUGUCCCCACAAACAGUACGUGCAGGGCAUCGUCCGCCUUUUCUACCACAGGGACGACAUCGUGAGAGGGGACCCUGAGCUGCAGGCCUGGUGCCGGGAGAUCACCGAGGUGGGGCUGUGCCAGGCCCAGGACCGAGGAUAAUUGGGUCUCUGAGUCCCCACCUCCACUGUAAAACCAGUGGCCCGAGACAACCUUUGUGGAAACCCUCUCUUGGCCAUGACACCACGGACACGGGACUUCUCGUAAUCCUCACCUUGUAACUCAGACGCUUAUAAUGCCCUUGUUCCAGAGUAGGAGGAAACAUCCCUAAAUUCUUAACCCCUUUUUGAGGCAGAAGAUAUUCUAUCAGUCAGAGCUGUUCACCCCCAACCCUUCCGUAAUAAUGAUAAUUAUUAUUUAUUGAGAAUUUAUAAUGUAUUGGGUGACUUCAAUGCAUUACCUCUUUUAUAAGCCAGGUGGCAUCCACACUUUACAGGUGAAGAAACCGGGGUUCAGAGAGAUUAAGUCAUUGGUCUAAGGCACCCAAAUAUUAUUGCUUGAACCUGAAUUGAAACUCACAUCUAAUGCAAAUAUAUUUGAAUAAAGGAACAAAUACCCAUCAAUGCCAAAACACAGGUGACCCUUAAAUAACGCAGGGGUGAGGGCACCGACCCUCCCCCACACACCCAGCAGUUACAAAUCUGCAUCUACGUUCUGACUCCCCCCAAAACUUCACUACCAAGAGCCUACCGUUGACCGGAAGCUUUACCAGUAACAUCAACAGUCAAUUAGCAUGUAUUUUGUGUGUUCUAUGUUAUCAUGUGCUGUAUUCUGACGAUAAAGUGAGCUAGGGAAAAGAAAACGUCAAGAAAACCGUAAGGAGCAUACAUUUGUAAUACCGUACGGGAAAUAACCCACACAUAAGCGGACCUGUGCAGUUCAACCCCGAGCGGUGCAGACAUCCCAAGACGUCAGCCUUCAGGUUUCUCCUCUCCGGCCGUAGCCUCCAAACCCCCUUCCUCUCUGCCCAGGUUUCCCCGCCUCCUUCCAGUCCCAGAGUCAGCUCUGUCAUUUCCUUACGAUGUGCGUCUUCACUUGCACUGCCCAGCACGGGGCCAUCAACCAGGGCCAGGUAUGACAGCCGGCAGCCCGGGUCCCCGAAGGCAAGUGUCAGACCUUGGGAUUCCCAAGGGAAAGACGGGGGUUCCAAGCAGAAGUACCAGGACCCUAGGCUUGCAGUUUCUUCCCCCAGCUGGACUGGUACGCCUGGGUCCCUAACGCCCCGUGCACCAUGCGGAUGCCCCCACCCACGACCAAGGAAGACGUGAAGAUGGCCACAGUGAUGGGCUCACUACCUGACAUCCGACAGGCCUGUCUUCAAAUGACCAUCACGUGG